AUGCCAACCAACAGCCAGCGCUGUGAGAAGGUGCGCCCGCAGGAUGUGUGCCCGCAGGAGGUGCUCAUGGCACAGGGCAAAGGAUGCCACGGCACAGCUCGCACACGAGCCCACGCUGGAGCCGUCAGCAGACUUGGCUUCCCAGACGUCUCCUUGAGGAAUUCACCGUUCCAUUCAGACCUGUGGUUGUUCUUCACCGUGCUGAACUGGCUGCUUUACUGUGGAAGGGCACUAGUCAUAAUCAUGUGUCCAGUGGAGUGGUGUCCGCUGAAUAGGCCCAGUCCUGCAGACUACAUCCACCUGGCCUCCAACCUCUGCACUGCUCUGCUGCUGCUAAAGAUCACCCAGCAGAGCCCCAAAACACUGCCCCACUCUGCCAUGCAGUUGAGCAUCAUCAUCUUUGCCAUGGGAACCAGCAUGCACCUGGUGGGUGACUCCGUCACCCAGCGCCUCAUCCUCAGCGGGUACCAGCUGCACCUGCCCCUGCGGGAGAACCCCGUCAUCCAGAACGUCACGCCCACAACCCUGAUUUCCUCUUUUGAACUUGUGUCUUACUAUGACGAGGGUCUUGGUCAUGUCAUGUGGGGAGUCCCCUUCCUCCUCAUCCUCUUCCUCUACUUCACCGGCUGCUUCACACACAGCAAGGAGGACAGAAGCAUGCCAUUCUCAGCCUGGCUCCUAUUGGGUCCUAGUGCCCUCCUUUACUGGUACGUGAUAACGGAGGGGCAGAUCUUUAUUCUCUUCACCUUCACUCUGUUCGCCAUGGCGUCCAUGGUGGUCCAGCAGAGGCCCAGGGGCCUGGGCCUCAACAGCAACGGGCUGUUCCUGCUGUCCAGCUUCUCCUCGGCUAUGGGCCUGGUGGUGCUGUGGGCCGCCGUGCUCUGGCGCGACCCUGUCCUGCGCAAGAGAUACCCUGGGGUCAUGUACGUGCCCAGACCAGGGGCCUUUUACACACUCCACUUCCUCAACACACACUCCACUGUGGGGCCCGACAUUGCAGAAUAA